AUGGCAUUGAGAGCAGCUCGAACUAACGACGCUGCCACUGUUCCAGUAGAUACCACUGCUAAUUCAUAUGCUUCAGUUGAUACCAUCGCUGCCCCUAUAUCGCUGAGACUUUCACCACACCAGCUUGCUGAAGAUGCCACUGUUCCAGUAGAGGCCGUAACCGCCCCACACCAAGCCCCAGUCGCCACCAAAGCAACGACGACUGCAGCCGAAGACUUCAAGCUGUCAGUUGAAGCCCUUGCUAGUCCAUAUGCUCCAGCAGACAUUACAACUUCCCGAUUUGCCGAUGUGAAGAUUCCCUCUGCUUCUUACUACGAUCCAGUUGACAUUAAGGCCAUUACCGCAGUCAAAGACGUUCCAGUUCCAAGUGAGACCACCGCUUCCCCAUAUGCUGUUGAAACUCCUGCUGUGCAGUAUCCUGCUCGACUCGUUUUCGAUAAGGCUCGUGUCAUCUGUGCCUGCACUGAAAACGUGAAAAGGUGCCAACAUGCGUCUGGAAAUUAUGAGGAAAGUGGAUCCGGUGAUGCGUCGUCUGGCUAUGUGUAUGUUGAAACUACCACUGGGGCUAUCUACACAAGAAUCGCUGCUGAUGUUCCAUCAACGACCACCACUCAGGUCUAUGAAACCGCCACCGAUGCCUCUACAACCACCACUCAAGCUGAGACUACCACUCUAGCUGAAACCAUAACGACGGCUGCUGAUGUUCCAUCGACUGCUCAAGCCUGUGAGAACAACACAACCACCACUCAGGCUGAAACCACCACCACAGCUGAUGAUGUCCCAUCGACAACGACUCCGUUAAAAAUAAGUUAA